CAUCAAUAAGUAGGCCAAAAAUAUUUCAUAAAAGUUUUUUUAAUACGUGUGUUCAUAUGUUAGAUGAAUUCUACAAGAAGUUGGGGCGAUAAAAUCAAAAUUUGUUGGAAGCCAGUGAGAUAAUAGUCGGGCCGACCGAUUUGUGUAAGAAAUUCAUCGAGUUUAAUAGAAUUUCUGCAAAUUCUAGCAAGAAAUUCGUACAAAAAAUGGAGUAAAAGUGAAAAAUAUGGCAGAUAGACUUGGAUUGGGCAGUGAAGAGAGGGUAUUGAAAAUAGGACAGAGUUUUACCAAUCCUAGGUCGAAAACUUUCCAUACAUUCAGAUAUGAUUUUAAACCAGCCUCUGUUGACACAAACAAAAAAGCCUCUGUAGAUGUGGGAGAUAAUCAUCAAGUGACUGUAACAGUACCUCACUUAGAUGGUGCAGGAACUUCCCAAACAGUCUUCAAAGGUUCCCAAAGGCCAUACACAAAGGAAUGUGUCCUUAUCAUAGAUAGAGUGACUGGAGAGAUUACGUUGGAGAAGUUGGCUUGUAACGUACAAGUUAAGAAAACUAGGAGUGAGAUUACUAAGGCACCUUUGCCCCAUGAUCGAUUGCAAUCAUCCAGCGGCGGUAACGCAAGCGGAAACAGUUCAUCCCUAUCCCAAAGGGCAGCCACACCUCCAGUUUCCAACAAUGUAGUAGCUCAUAGAGUUUCCAGCAAAACCAGAGUAACAUCUGGCAGUCGAAGACCUGACCGACCCAUUACCCAGCUGAUGAAGCACUCGCCUUUAAGGGCGAGUCCCAAUCAUCCUUCUCCAAAUGCAGGAGUCGGCAGUCAAAGGAGCCCCGGACGAUCGAGAGACAUGUACAAUGCUACUGCAGCUGCUGCUGAAACGCAUAAUCCCAGUAUACUUGCCAGUCUUCCGAUGAUCGGAAUGGACGAUUUUGCUGAUCCCAUUCCUCCUCCGCCUCAACAGCAACAUAAUCGGCUUUCAGCGCCACCUGUGCAGGUCCCUGUUAAUAAUGGUAAAGGGGUGUCUCCUUUAUCUGACCAUAGUGAUAAUGAGAAUGGUGUUGGUACUAUGAGCGACAGCUCUAGUUCAAGUAGUGACAGUGACUCGGAUAGCGACGCUCCAGAUAACGUUAAAAUAAAAAACGGUUACGGUAACGCCCCCAAUCCGACCACCAAAGUCAAUGGCCACGAUCUGGCAACGCUGGACGAAGAUUUGUGCCUGUCAGAGUCCGGAUCUGAUUCUGAUUAGUGAGAUUUGAUUUUCUUUAUUCUGUUGUCGAUGAUUCUCUAAUCAUUUAAGACGGAAUAAUAAUUGUUACUGCCUUUGUAAAGGUUAAGAGAUGUAUUUAUGGUAAACGAUACUCGGCAAAGUCUAUAUGGUACAGAUUUUUCAGAUGUAGGGUAAUUUUUCUAUGUUAUAUGUACAUUAUUUUACGGAAAUAAUAAAUGGAAAUCUGAUUAUGAGUAA